UUGAAAAAACGCCCUCUGAUUUGAGGCGGAGGGAAGAUUCAAACUUGGAGAAACAGAGACGGUAAAACCGAACCAGGCACCAGGGCUACAAUGAUAAGACAAGCAAAGGGUAGAACACCCCGCAGGCCUCCUCCAAAAAAGCCUCCCAGCAACCACACAGACCCGGUUGGGGUUUACUGCCGUGUGCGACCUCUGGGUGCGGAGGACGACGAGUGCUGCAUUGAGGUGAUCAGUGGCACCACCGUCCAGCUACACGCCCCAGAAGGCUUCAAAUCCCACCGGAAUGGAGAAUACAAAGAGACGCAAUACUCCUUCAAAAAAGUCUUUGCGGUGUCAGUGUCUCAGGUGGAGCUCUUCGAGCUUGUGGCCAAACCUCUUGUCAACGACCUCAUCCGUGGGAAAAAUGGUCUACUUUUUACAUACGGGGUGACGGGAAGUGGAAAGACCUUCACCAUGACUGGAACCCCAGGCCAGGGUGGACUUCUUCCUCGCUCCCUCAACAUGAUCUUCAACAGCAUAGCUCCCUACCAAGCCAAAAGAUAUGUUUUUAGGCCAGAUGAUAAAAAUGGUGUGGAAAUUCAGAGUGAAGUCGAUGCGUUGUUGGAGCGACAAAGGCGGGAAAACGGCUCGUCUGUUCCCAAGGCUGCGUCCUCCAGACAAAAGACUGAUCCUGAAAUUGCUGACAUGAUUAAGCCAGAGGAGGCUUAUAACGCAGAUGGUGUGGAUGAGGACAGCAGCUACAGCGUCUUCGUCUCCUACAUAGAAAUCUACAACAACUACAUCUAUGAUCUCCUGGAGGAAACUCAAGAAGACACGAUCAAACCAAAGUGGAAUGGUGGAGGCACACCUGUGCGCCAGAACACUGAGUUCAUACCACCUCAGUCUAAAAUCCUCAGAGAAGACCAGAACCACAACAUGUAUGUGGCUGGUUGCAUGGAGGUGGAAGUCAAGUCUGCUGAGGAGGCUUUUCAAGUAUUCUGGAAAGGUCAAAAGAAGAGGAAGGUCGCAAACACCCGGCUGAACAGAGAGUCCAGUCGCUCACACAGCGUGUUCAUUAUUAAACUGGCCCAGGCUCCUCUGGAUGCAGACGGGGACACUAUUCUCCAGGAUAAGAGCCAGGUGAGCGUCAGUCAGCUUUGCCUGGUUGACUUGGCAGGAAGCGAGCGGACGGGCAGGACGGGGGCAGAAGGAACUCGUAUACGUGAAGCAGGUAACAUUAAUCAGUCUUUGCUGAAUCUGCGGACGUGCAUCGAGAUACUGCGAGAGAACCAGAUGUGUGGCACAAACAGGAUGGUCCCCUACAGAGACUCCAAAGUUACCCACCUGUUUAAAAACUACUUUGACGGAGAGGGAAAAGUCAGAAUGGUUGUCUGUGUCAAUCCCAAGGCCGACGAGUACGAGGAAACCCUGCUGGUGAUGCGGUUUGCGGAGAUGACGCAGGAGGUCGAAGUGGCUUCGCCAAUGGACAGGCCAAUCUGUGGCUUCACGCCAGGCCGUCGUCAUAGAAACCAGGCAUUUCAAGAUGAACUGUCUCGCAAGCUGGAGGAGCGUGGCGGCCCAAUAGACAAGGACGUGGCCUCUGUUCUAAACCACCUGGUGAACAGCCUCCCACCUAUACCCUCCUGUGAGCUCACUGACCCCCACGAUGACAUCACCCUGCCCCGGCUGAUUGAAGCUCUGCAGAACAGACAGAGGAUCAGACAGAUGAUGGUUGCAGAAUACAACAAAGCAGCCAACAUGAUGAAGUCUAUGCUUCAGGAGCUUGACAACAACCUCUUUUCCAAAGACGACUUCAUUCAUGAACAAAAUGGCAAACUGGCAGAGAAAGACAGAAUCAUCCAGAACAACAAGAUGGAGAUUGAACGUUUGGAGAAGAAAGCCAAGAUGCAAGAACACAAGAUGGACAUCUUGCAGAAAACAACCAAAAUCUAUGAGGGUGACAAGCGCGUGAUGCAGCAGGAGCUGGAAACCAGAGAACAGAGGCUGCAGAGGGAGCUGUCUGAAAAGAGACGCAUGGAGCAGCGCAUGCAAGGCAUGGUCUCAGACACCCAGUUCAAGUGGGAGAAAGAAUGUGAGAGACGUGUUAAUGCAAUGCAGCUCGAGAUGCAAAACAAGCUCUGGGUGAAGGACGAAAAGCUGAAGCAGCUCAAGGCCAUCGUAACGGAGACCAAGAAUUCAGGGCGCCCUGACCCCCCACCACGUCAGACGCCGCCUCAGCCCCAGCACCAGCCGCAGCCACAGCCUCAGUCCCAGCCUCGUCCUCAGCGGCCUUCCAGAGAGGAACGCCCCCCUACAAAGAGAUCAGCCUCACCCUCACCUGUCCCUACGACGGCGCCGGUCCGGCCGCUGCACCGUCGCUCCCGUUCUGCUGGUGGGGAGAAGUGGGUGGACCACAAACCGUCCUCCAACCUGGACCUGGGCACAGUUUUGCAGCCCGUCAUUCCCAAUUCCAUCCAGGUGUCUAAGCCCAGCGAGAAAGCGCUUUCCAAGUGUGACAGAUACGUGUUGACUCACCAGGAAGUGGCCUCUGAUGGCGAGAUACAGACCAAACUUAUUAAGGGUGAGGUGAUUAAAACCAGAGGAGGAGGACAAGCUGUCCAGUUCACCGACAUCGAGACACUGAGACAGGAGCAGGCCACAGGCCCAAACCGCAAGAGGCGAUCCUCAGAGGGACCCCCAGCCAGUGGAGCUCGACCAGAUGGAGCUUGGACUGAUGUGGAGACGAGGUGCUCUGUGGCAGUGGAGAUGAAGGCUGGAUCAAACAUGGGGCCUGGAUAUGAGCAUCAUGGGUUCACUAAGCGCAGAAAACCCUGAAAGCGACUCAAUGCUGAAACACCGAUCACUCCUGCUCGCUAUCCUCACCUGGCUGUUGUGCAAUAGUCUGAACAUUGUUUUUAUAUUUAGCUCUAGUGAUAAUAUUUAAACCUUUUUCAUGCUUUUAUAUAUUAUAUUAUGUAUGCAACUGUGUAUAUAUAUAGUGUGUGGGUUACCAAAGCCUUUUUGUAAAAAUAUUUUAUGUGUUGAUUCAAAAACAAGUGUUUUUGUAAUGUCAAAAACAGAUAAUGUCAAAUGUUUAGUUACGGUCACCCAAAAAAAAAUUUGCACAUUUGUUGCUCUGCAUGAAGACUCAUUGUGAAGCUGCCCUGGUUUCGAUUUGUCUGCAAAAUACCGAUUCUGUUUUGUGAAAGUUGAAUCAUGGGCUUCAUCUGAAUAAUCAGUUACUAUUUUCUUUCUUCGCUGCACACUCAGGAAUAAAAUUCCUUUGAAACAUA